CACACGAUAAUAUCACGUGAGUCUAAUGUGUUAGGCUAGUCACGCGACCUUCUCCCUAACAUCACGUGUUUCCCUACCAACCCCUGUCAUAAACCACUUCUCACCUUCUGCCCGUCAACCAGGCGAAGACAUCUCGCAUUCAUAACGGAGGGGGUGAAAUUGCCAAAUCAGGCAAGCACGAACCUGCAAGGGUCACUGCCACUCGCCCACAACGCUUGUCAACCAGGGGCCACCAGUGCGGGGUGCAUGCACGUAGGCAGUUCUCCGUACAACAACAGGCACUCUCGAGCAAUACAGCCGAGAACGACAGGAUAGGUAGGUCCAGGGGACGAAACUCAAUAAUAACCACGCGUGCAAUAUCCAGGCCGUCCGAGUAUUGCUUUCUCCUAAGUUAAGUUGUAUGCGGAUAUUCUGGCUGCGGUAUUAUUACAGGAGCAAGGAAGGAGUGCCGCGGGCCUGGCUGGGGAAUGAAUGGGCUGGAUUGCACUAUACGGUACGGUACUGUCUUGUCGGUAUCGGGAUAGGUGAGUCUGGAUGGAUGGAUGGGCUGUGGCGGUUGCACCUGAUGAGAAGAGAUUGCAUGGAGGUGAUGUGGGAGAAUAACCGUUGAUAUUGGGGAAUAUUGGAUUUGGGGAUAUAUUGAUAUUACGCUGCUGCUGCGAUGCCAUGUCGCGGGGUUUUAUUUACUUCCCAAUCUCGGCGAGAGGGCUAGAUUGCAGAUAUUCUGAUAUCUGUCCUGACGGGGGGUAAAGCCAUGGAGAGUGCGUUCCUGACAGGCAGAUUUGGGAAUGCAGGUCUGGCCAGGGAGGGACAGGGGAUUUUGGUUAAGAAGGUUUGGAUCGUCCGGGUUCUUUUUUUUUUUUGUUCUUGGAGAAGGAUAAGCAAAACGCAGAUAUCAGAUCUUCGCUCAAGCAAGAAACAGACCAUCACAGACUCAUUCAAUUGACACAGUCAAAAUCCUCAAACACAUCUCACCACCAGCUCUCACCACCAGCUCUCACCUCAUCACCACCACCACCAACCACCAACAACCAAAAAAAUGCACCACCCCACCCUCCUCGCCCUCCUCACCCUCUUCCUCACCCCCCUCGCCCUCGCAGACGCCUGCGUCGAAUCCGGCCCCGCCGCCGAAGUCACCGCCGUCUCCUACUGCUGCGCCAAAGUCUCAGGGACGUGGUACCAAUUCUACCCCGUGCAGGCUAUCUGCGUCAUCCCAGAGGGGUCGCUGGACAAGUAUAAGAAGUGUGUUGCGUAUGUGCCGGGGGCGGCGAAUCCGACGUGUAUUCCCGGGCAGGGAGAGGGGUUGGGGGGGGGAGUGACGUUGACGACGACGGAGGCGCCGAGGACUACUAUUGUUGGCUAGGUUAGGGGAGAGAAAGGGGGGGGAGGGGAGGAGAGAGGGAAACGCAGGGAGGAGAUGAGAGAGAUGACAGAAUUUCAGAGAGGAAGGAGAAGUGCGGUACUAUGGCAGCAGAAGCAAGAAAGAGAAGUCGGAGGUGUAGUAGUAUGAGGGGAGCGGACAGGCAGUGGAUUGUACAUUUCCCUAAAAAGGAAAGCAUUUGCAGUUCUAAAACCCAGUUCCUCGCAAUGAUCAGACAACCUACCCAUCCUAAUGAUCUACGCAUUUCUCCUGCUGAUCUCCUCCAAACUCCUUGUCCUUUACACAUCUCUCCUGCUGAUCUCCUCCACCCCCCCUGUUCCCUAACCUCUUCCCUCCAGUUCGCCCACCCACAGACUUUCCAGAAUACUUGGCACCAG